AUGAACAAGCUCGACCAUAUGAGCGAAAACAAGGUCGAGAGUGGAGCACACGUCUCUGUACAACCGCUAGAGGAUUCCAAGUCCGUGGAAGAGGUAUCAGUAAAUGAGCCAAACUCUGUGGAUUUGGAACACCAGUCAAAAUGGGCAUCAUCAGGCACAAGUAAGGCCAGUAGACUCAGGCGGUUGUUUUUAGACUUUAUCGAGGUGAACCAUAACCAAGAAGGGUCUAUUGUAGAUGCUUUUGUCUACAAUAAGGAGCUAAGGCCUGUGGAAAGUAGUAGAAGAACAUGGAGUUGGAAAUAUUAUGUUUUCUUUUGGAUUAGUGGUACAUUCAAUGUUAACACAUGGCAAAUUUCUGCCACUGGAUUACAAUUAGGACUUAAGUGGUGGCAGAGUUGGAUUUGUAUCUGGUUUGGUUAUUUGUUCGUUUCUACUUUUGUUGUGCUAGCGUCUCGUGUUGGUAACGUUUAUCACUUGUCUUUCCCCAUUGCCUGUCGUGUUGCGUUUGGAACUUAUUUUUCAUUAUGGAUUGUUCUCAAUCGUGUUGUUAUGGCAUGCGUUUGGUAUUCUACAAUGGCGUAUUUGGGUGGGCAAUGUGUUCAAUUGAUGUUAAAGGCUAUAUUUGGUACUGACUUGGAUCGUCGUUUUGGUAAUGGUAUCAAAAAUAAUAAUUUAGAUUCCUUUCAGUUAGUCUCUUUUAUCAUCUACUGGAUUUUCUCAUUACCGUUUUUAUGGUUUCCUCCUCAUAAAUUACGUGGUAUCUUUGCCGCCAAGGCUUUUAUUACACCCUUAGGAGCGUUCGCGCUUCUAAUUUGGUCCGUUCGUAAGUGCGGCGGUAGCGUAGAUCUCGGAGCUCUUAAUGCGGGUAAAGAUGUAAGCACACCGGUAAGGGCAUGGGCCGUCAUAAGAUCGAUUAUGAGCGCCAUGGAUAAUAUGUCAACGUUGGUCCUUAAUGCACCUGAUUUCUCGAGAUUUGGUAAAAAUAAACGUGCCGCUUUAUGGUCACAAUGGAUUUCAAUUCCACUAUGUUUUGGUGUCAUUUCACUUCUGGGUAUCGUAUGUGUAAGUGCUGCUUAUACUAUCUAUGGCGUUAAUUAUUGGAGUCCACUUGAUAUCUUGGCACGUUAUUUACAAGGUUUUAGUUCAGGUGAUCGUGCAGGUGUUUUCCUCAUUGCAGCAGUUUUCGCAUUCGAUCAAUUGGGUGCUAAUCUAUCGCAAAAUGCAAUUCCAGCCGGUACAGAUAUGUCAGCUCUUCUACCCAAAUUUAUUAGUAUUCGUCGUGGUAGUUACAUUUGUGCAUGUCUAUCUCUAUGCAUUUGUCCCUGGAAUCUUUUGGCAUCAUCUUCUAAGUUCACUACAGCUUUAAGUGCUUACGCGGUAUUUUUAUCGGCAAUUGCAGGCGUAAUUUUCGCUGACUACUACAUUGUCCGCAAAGGUUAUAUCGAUGUAUUCCACUGUUACUCGAAAAAGCCUGAAUCAUAUUACAAAUACAAUCGCUGGGGUACAAACUGGAGAGCUGUUGUUGCCUAUGUCGUUGGUAUUGUACCUAAUUUCCCCGGUUUCCUUGGAUCAACCGGGGUCCACGUGACGGAAGGUUCGAUGAAAGUCUAUUAUCUAAACUAUUUCAUCGGUUAUCUACUAGGUGCAAUAGUCUACACUGCACUUGUUUAUUUCUUCCCUAUUGAUGGUGUACCUGAGGAUACCAAGAUUACCGACUUUGUAUGGCGUGAACAAUGGGUUGAAGUGGAAGAUUUCGAUUACCAAAGACAAAUAUUUGAAAAAGAAUCUUAA